UGUCUCUCCGCUCAUUCCACGCGCGACUCGUGCACCAGCGAGGAGCACUUCGCCUGUUGUUGCCGACAACUUUAACAACAAAUUAACGCGCCUAAACGUUCGUAACGAGCGUUGAGAAUUGCCCCCCCCUCGCCCAACACCCAAACGGAACGAGCAAAUCAAGAAGAGGAAUUAUUGAGCCGUGAUAUUUCAAUUUAAAAACAAAAUUAUUUUUUUUGGUGUCACUCGAGGAGGGAAUUUGGCGACGAUCGUGACAACGACAACGAAGACGACGAAGAUGACGACGACGACUCCGCUGUUCGUGGUCGCGGUGGUGGCGAUGUUCUGCGUGAGCGCGGCCCAAUCACCGUGCCCGGCGCCCAGCACGUGUCAGCAGGACACCUGCGCCGGCAUGCGGUGCCCGAAUAACGAGUUCACCUACUGCGAGGUGGACUGCACCACCUGCAAGCCCAAAUUCCUCGACCUGGAGAAGCAGGAGGAGAAGUGCGACAAACUGACGCUCAAGUGCCGCCUCAUGCACCUGGAGAUGGUGAAGAAGAAGAAGGGCUCGCGCAGCGGCGGGGUGCCCGAAGGCGGCCGCCAGGACACGGACGAACUGUACGACCCGGACUGCGAUGCGCAGCAGCAGUUCAAGGCGAAGCAGUGCGACAACGCCACGGGGGAGUGCUGGUGCGUCAACAGCGCCGGGGUGCGCAACACCGACAAGAGCAAGAGCGGCGUGGACUGCCCCAAGCUCGUGUUGAGCUCCCAAAUCGUGCUGGACUUCUUCAUACCAAUGGAUCACAAACCCUCCGACGAUGAGAAGACGCAGAAUGUGCAGAAAGUUAAGGACAUUCUCCAAAAGAACUACAAACUUCUUCCUGAACAGUUCAAAAAUGUCCAACUGCUGGACACGCGGAACAUGAUCGUGACGCUGACGCAGAACGUGUCCGGGAACGUGGCUGACAUUGCGACAGUCGCCUACCUCGCAGAAAAACAACUGAAGACGGGCAAGCUGCAGACGAGUGAUACUCCGCCGCAAACCAUAGAGGUGGACCCAGACGCGCGGAAGCCCAUCGUGUGGUUCUACGACGACGAGCCACCACGCAUGAGCCCCUCUCGCAUGGCGCCCGGCAUCAUCGCCAUCAUCGUCAUCGCCGUGCUCGCCGCCGUCGCCGCUGCCGUCAUCUUCUUUUGGUGGAAGAAGCAGCAAGGAACCAAGAAGUACAACCGUGCUCACAAGGAGCAGCAGGAACUGCAGGACACUGCCUAAAUCUCCCGGCCGGGCUCGACUUCAGUUCGAGCCGCGGGGUGCUGCUCUGUUCGAGGGGGGUCCCUUGACCCCGUAGCGGGGCAUCGUGGUGGGGAGGGAUCUGGUUGCGUUUUUCAGUAGCUGCGUUAACAGGUGCUUGGGUUUCUACUUAUUCUUUCAUUCAUUCGGCCCGAUUCUUACGUUGGCGGAUACCGCUUUUCCACCGGUAUUUUUGUUGUUGGGGUGUGGGGGAAACGGGGCAAAUGUUUUUUUGCCACAGCAGAGCAAGGUUUGGCGGGGGGGGGGGGGGGGGCUUGGCGAUGAGGAGUUAUCGCUGGAGAUGCGCUUCGGUGGCGACGUGCAACGUGGGGCCGAUUUCACGAGGAUUUCACGCCGUCGUUUUUUUGCAUUGCCAUUAAAAAAAUAACAAUAAUGGCGUUUUUGUGCGACGUCUGAGCUUUUGCCCAUGUAGAAUUAUAGGCUCGCGUGUUUGCGCUGGAAACAUUUUACGCCUCAAUUUACACUGUACUGUACUUCUUUCUCCUGCCGUGCCAUUUUGUAUGACUUUAUUUUAUAUAUAACUACAAAGUACGUGUUUGUAAAUAUGGAAAUACUGAGUAAGGCAUUGCGAUAAGGGGGCCACACGUGUACACGUGUGCUCCUCUGGUUUUCUUUUUUUAAACAAUGCUUUUGUACACUGUUUAAAAAAAUAUAUUUGCUCAUUCAUUUUUACGCUCAGUUCUGCUUAAAUGUUCAAUAAAGAUCUACGUACACAAUG